AUGUCCGUAGCUCCUCCUCCAGUUCCAUUGACCGAGUCAAAGCUCGGGAUCGAUCAGAGCAGGACCAUCGUGGCCGACCAUGGCUCCUCCGACAAAUCUGACAGCAUCGACCUGAAAGCCGAAAUCUACGACAGCAGUGCCAUCGAUCCAGUGUUGGCAAAGAAGAUGGCCUUGGCCAACAGUGCCCUUGACGAGAUUGGAAUGACCAACUUUCAGUGGAAACUGUUCUUCCUCAAUGGGUUUGGCUAUACGGUCGACUCGCUUCUUAUUGUCUGUCAAUCCAUUGCCCAGCCUGCGGUGAGCCAGGAAUUUGGCAACCCAAGCAAACACAUUGCCGGGAUUUCUCUUGCAUCUCAGAUAGGGUUGCUUGUCGGCGCAGCCUUUUGGGGUUUCAGUGCCGAUAUCAUUGGCCGAAGGAUUGCCUUCAACACGAGCCUGUUCAUCUGCGCAGCCUUUGUUCUCAUCGCCGGAGCCAUGCCCAGUUAUAUAUCCUUCAGUGCGAUGGUGGCCAUCUAUUCCGCCGGUGCCGGUGGUAACUAUAUCCUCGAUGCCACGAAUCUGAUCGAAUUCCUCCCCUCGCGCCAUUACUGGCUUGUGACCUUCAUGGCUGUCUGGUGGGCUGUCGGCUACACGAUCACCGGUCUUCUCGCCUGGGCAUUCAUGAGCAAUUACUCCUGCGACCCUGACGCCACUGUUGCAGAAUGCACACGCGCUGACAACUGGGGCUGGAGGUAUCUUCACUUCACCUGCGGCAGUCUUGUCCUGUUAGUCAGUGUCCUGCGAGUGCUGGUGAUCCGCAUGCCUCAGACCCCCAGAUGGUUGAUUUCUCAAAACCGCGACGCCGAAGUGGUGGCCGACCUGGCCAAAAUGGCCAACCGAUACAACCGGCCACUCUCCCUGACGGUCGAACAACUUGAGAGCCUCGGACGUGUGAAGCACACCGAGAAAUCCGUCUACUCGGCCCUGCGCUUGCGACAGCAUUUCUCUCAACUUUUCGCCACCAAGCGCCUGGCCUACUCGACCAUCAUGAUCAUUGCCAACUGGACCGUCAUCGGCACCGUCAGCCCGCUGUUCGGGCUCUUCCUUCCGUACUAUCUGAAAUCCCGCGGUGCGGAUGUCGGUAGUUCUGACAACUACACGGUGUGGCGCAACUACGCAUUGAACCAGGUCUCCGGCCUGUUUGGUCCCCUGAUAGCCGCCUUCCUCGUCGAAUCCCGCUACUUCGGUCGCCGCGGCACGCUGGCUGUCGGCGCCGCCAUCACCACCGCCCUGCAGUUCGGAUACACGCAGAUCAAAACCCCGGCCCAGAACGUCGGCGUCUCCUGCGCCAUCAGCGCUGCAAGCAACAUCUACUACGGCACCAUCUACGCCUAUACGCCCGAGAUCCUCCCGGCCGCCCAUCGAGCCACGGGCUAUGCCAUUUGCGUCAUCCUCAACCGAGUCGGCGGCAUCAUUGGCGUUCUGGUCGGGAGUUAUGCCGACGUCACCACCACUGCCCCCUUGUUCGUGUGCGGCGCCUUGUUUGGCCUCUUGAUCAUCUUGUCGCUGUUGCUGCCGUUCGAGACCAGGGGGAAGAGAGUUGUGUGA